UACUAGCUCCCCGCCCCUGCGCGCAUGAGCUCGCUCCUCUCCGGCUGCUUCCCAGGCGCCCCGCUCGCUCCCCCGAAAGUGACGAACAGUUGGAGCUGGGGACUCGCUCCUGUCCCCGGAGACAUGGGUGAGCCCCGCACCUGGGCGCGGCGGGCUGCGCUCUGCUGCGCGCUGCUCUGCGCUCCCUGGCUGCCUCUCGGCUGGGCAGGAGAGUGCAAACAGCUGGAGCCCUGUGAGAGGUGCAUUGAAGGAGACGCUUCCCGGAACAUCACAGGCUGUGUGUGGAUGCACUGCGGAGCCUUGGAGGAGCCAGGGCCUGGGGACUGUAUUGGGAAGGGAGAAGCCACCAAGGAGACGUGCUCCAUCUACAAUGUCACGGCUAUGUGCCCAGCGCAGCGAGCGUCCACCAAGGAGCCUCAGCGAGCGUCUACCAAGGAGCCUGAGAUCCUCACGCCAGGGACGACGGCCGGCCCCCCGCUGACGGCCACCCCCGAGUUCCGCCCGCCUGGCUUCAACUCGGCCAGCUUCGUAGGGGGAAUCGUCCUCGUGCUGAGCAUCCAGGCCGUCUUCUACUUCAUCGUCAAGUUCCUCAAGUCCAAGGAAAGCACCUACCAGACACUGAUCUGACGGCUGGUGCCCGGGGCGGCGCGGUGAAGUGGUUUCCUGUGGGAGGAGGAAUGGAAGACGAGGCGGUCGGUGCUCCAGCUGCUCUGCUUGCUCGCAGCUGCGCCCCUCUCCCUCCUUCGGCGCUGCUUGCUGGGGCAGGAGAUCUGGGUGCCGCGGAGCUAUGCAAAGCACUGCCAGGCCGGGUCCUCCGGGCGCGGAGCCAUGUUGUCCAUUAGACUCGUCACGGGGAGGCCUAGCCCCGGGGCCACACACUCCAUCCCAGACUCCGGCCAGUCCCCAGCAAGACCUAAGGUUGCUGCCUUGUUUGGGAAGCUCAGGGUGCCCUCCUGGCCCUGCCCUCUCUGGAUGGAUGGACCCCCGGGACUGAUGGGCUCAAACCACCUUUGCCGGACCCUCCACGGUGCAGCUCUAGCUCUGUUUGAUUGUUCGUUUCUCCCCCGCCCUGCGGCCCGGGGUAGCGAGCUCCCGUUUCCUGCUAUAAUUCCAGUGGGUGAGGGGGGCAAAGCUGGGUCAGCCACUUGCCUGCGGUCAGCAAGCCACUUGGCCUUCACCUUCUGUCUGCUGGAGGAACAUGCCUCCCUCCACCCCCAUGCACAUGCCUUGAGCCCUCUGCCCCACCCUGGCCUAUAACUUCUCACCAGCCUUUAUCUUUGUAACGCCUGCUCAGUCCUGCCGACUGAUCCUCCAACAGAAGGGCUUUCCCAGGCUACAGGGGCUGGAGAAGUCUCCCCUAGGCUCAGGUGAGCUUCCUAGUGCUGUUCCUUCUGGAGAUCUCAAGGGACCCACAGCCCACUGCUGGUUUCCUCUGUAAGGGUGGCCUAAGGGCCCCCCCAGAUGUUCCCCAGUUCAUCUCUCUGGUGCCUGCCAGCUGGCUUUUCCCCUCCCCAAGCCCUAUCUGCUCUCAGAGGGGGCUGGUUGUGUCAUUCCCCACGCUGGCUCCAUUUCCCCGGGGCGGGCUGCAGCCCGAGCCAGGCUGGUGGGACUCCAGGCUCCAACCCCUGGCCAUGCAGCGCUGCAGGGGGAUGGAGUCAUUGCACGCAGAGGAGGCAAAUAAAAGCACUUUCUUUUUCUUGAA